CAGUGAUUUUGUCCGCAAUCUAUUUCCCGUGAUCAAGUGCAGAUCAUUAUAGCAACGGAUAUUGAAAACUGACCUAAAAGCUGCAAGGUUGAGACAAAGGUCAUCAGCGAGUGACUAUAGAUAAAAUGGCAACCACUGUUCAGUCAACAGCCAACAGUGAAGGAAAAGUAGAUGAAAAGAAAUCUGAAGGUAUCUCUGAUAAAGUAAUACAGGAGUCGGAAGAGGCGAAUAGGAAAUGUGACAAACAAGAUAAGAUGGCGACCACUGUUCGUGAUCAGUCAACAGCCAACAGUGAAGGAAUUGUAGAUGGAAAGAAAUCUGAUGGCAUCUCUGAUAAAGUAAUACAGGAGUCGGACGUGGCGAAUAAGAAAUGUGACAUACCAGAUAAGAUGGCAACCACAGGUUGUGAUCAAUCAACAGCCGAUGGUAACGGAAAAGGAGAUGAAAAGAAAUCUGAAGGCAUCCCUGAUAAAGUAUCACAGAAUUUAGACAAGGCGAAUAAGAAACCUGAGAAACCAGAUAAGAUGACAAACACAGGUUCUGAUCAAUCAACAGUGAACAUUAAAGGAAAAGAAGAUGGAAAGAAAUCUGAUGACAUCUCUGAUAAAGUCCUAAAGGAAUUGGACGAGGCCUAUAAGAAACAAGGCAUACCCGGUAUAACUGAUCGCGUAAAAGCAAACCUGGAUGAUUGGAAGUCAGUUCCUCUAAAUAUUGCUGUCAUAGGAAAUAGUGGGGUUGGGAAAUCAAGCUACAUAAAUGCCUUACUUGGUUUGUCAGCUGAUGAUAAGGGAGCUGCACCAGUUGGAGUGGUUGAAACAACUGUCACUCUUACACCUUUUUCGCAUCCUGGAAACAAAAACUUAACAUUAUGGGAUUUGCCCGGGGUAGGAACUCCAAAUUUCCCCAAAGACGGCUAUCUUCAGAAAAUAAACUUUAAAAAAUACGAUUUCUUUCUGGUAUUGACUGCAACUCGAUUCACAGAGAAUGAUAUUUGGUUGGCACAAAAGAUAAGAGAUUUAGGAAAGAAAUUUUAUUUGAUCAGAACUAAAAUUGACAUGGACAUAUCUAACGAUAAGAAAGCCCAUCCUAAUACCCAUUACAAGGGAUAAUGUCAUUCAAAAAGUACGUUCAGACUGUAUGAACCAGUUGGAAAAUCAAAAUUUUACAAAUCCUCGCGUAUUCAUCAUCAGCAAUUUUGGUGUGACCGAGUUUGACUUCGGGAAAUUGUCAGAAUGUCUAAUUCGGGAUGCUCCUGACCUCAAAAGGGAAGCAUUAACUCUAUCAUUAAGCGUUCUAACUGAAGAAAUUAUCAGAGCCAAAGAAAAGUAUCUAAAAAAAAGAAUAUACAUUGUUUCGAUUGCCUCGGCUGCAGCUGCUGCCGUUCCAAUACCAGGGGUGGGCUUUACUGUGGAUAUAUCAACUCUCCUUGAAGAAGCACUGUUUUACCGAAAGCAACUGCGACUCGAUGAUGCGUCAGUUGAAGAAAAUGCCGCGGCUUUGAAUAUUUCAGUCACUGAGUUGAAGAAAAGAUUUAAUCUACAAAGUCAGCUUAUUUCAUACACGGCAAGAGGUCUGCUUGCAUUCUUUGGUUCCCUAGGACUAGCGAAACUUUCUGAAAACGUGUUAAAAGUUGCACUUCCGCUCAUCGGUUGCUUCAUUGCAGCUGGGGUGUCUUAUGGAGUUCAAGUAUACUGUUUAAAACAACUGUUGAAUACAAUGGUAACUGAUGCAUUGACAAUCAAUGCAGAGAUGAAUGUCAUCCUUGCCAGCAAUACCAUUUAAGACAUUUAAGCGACACACAAACUGCUGCGACACAAACUGGUGACGUAAACGCAAUGGUACAAACUGAUGACAUAAACGCAAUGACACAAACUGGUGAUGUAAACGCAAUGGCACAAACUGGUGACGUAAACGCAAUGGCACAAACUGGUGACGUAAACGCAAUGGCACAAACUGAUGACGUAAACGCAAUGGCACAAACUGGUGACAACAAGGAAACUGCUGCGACACAUACUGGUGACGUAAACGCAAUGGUACAAACUGGCGACAUAAACGCAAUGACACAAACUGGUGAUGUAAACGCAAUGGCACAAACUGGUGACGUAAACGCAAUGGCACAAACUGGUGACGUAAACGCAAUGGCACAAACUGAUAACGUAAACGCAAUGGCACAAACUGGUGACAACAAGGAAACUUAAGAUUUAGUAACCGUAAAAUAACGCAUUUCACGUGUUUGUUUGUGGACUCUAUGACAUGUAUACAACACAUACAAUGAUUCUAAAUCAAAUGUUUAAAUGUUAUAACUUGGAAUCGCGCAUGUCAUUUUGAAUAAAAUCAUUUUGUAUAUUUGA